AUGAAUUUAAGUCCGGACGAUAUAAACAAUCUUUUUUUAAGAUCAAAUAAUUUCGGUUUGGAAAAUAACGUGACGCCAGCAAAUCAUUCUCACUUGUUCAAUUUUUCUGAAGAGCAUUUUGCUAAAAUUCUUCAGGGAUUUUGGUCGAGUGGAAAAGAUAGAAAUUUAUCAUCUCAAGCGGAAGCUGCAUUGAUAACAAUUUACACUUUUCUCAUUAUCGGAGGAUUGAUAACGAAUUUUCUCGUUUGUUUCGUCGUCGCAAGAAGAAAACAAAUGCACACGGCAAGAAAUUUAUACAUAGUUAAUCUCACCGUGUCCGACAUAUCACUUUGUUUGAUAUGCAUGCCCUUCACGUUGGUCAUGAUAUUAAGACGUCAAUGGACUCUCGGACCCGUACUUUGCAAACUCGUGUCGUUUUUACAAGCUACCAACAUAAUGGUAUCAGUUGGAACGAUAACGGUCAUAGCUUUGGAUCGUUAUUUUACUAUAUGUAAAAAAAAAUCAAACAAAUUAACAAAUUCGAAACAAAACGUGAUUUUUUCAAUAACAUGCCUUUGGUUUUUAAGUUCCGUCGUUGCCAUGCCACUUUUAUUUUAUCAGAUUGUCGAACCGGUUGUUAUCGAUCAAUGUGUCAUGUACGAAGUUUGCAUUGAACAAUGGCCGUCGCAUAAUUACAGGGUUUUAUAUGCUUCUCUCGUAUUGAUAAUAAUGGCUUUAUUACCGCCCCUCGUUGUCGGUACCGUCCAUGCAAAAAUAGCUAGAUUUUUAAACAUUCAUGCAAAAACUCAAAAAAAUCCAAGGAGAGCACAAAAAGAAUUAGAUCGUAAUCAAAAAACUACUUAUUUACUGUGCGUUAUAUUGAUAAAUAUUUUAUUUAAUAAAAAGGACAUAAGUUAA